UAAGUGAGAAAGGAACAUUGCGCAUCUUUUCUACUUCCCCUUCCUGUUUGUCCAGCUGCUGAAGUUCCUUGUGGUUGUCCACUGAUUGGAUUUAUAAAAGGACUGAGAAACCACCUAAAGAACCCCCGAUUAAUGACACAUGGAUGAAUAUAAAUCAUUAAUGUUACACGUUUGUUUUAUUGCAAAGGCUUGUUAUAAUGUCCAGUGAUGAACUGCAGCUUUCCAGCAUCCAUUCUGAGUCUGAUAAGAGACCGCCGGUGGUAUGGGGUUGUGUACUGAGUAAAGAUCAUAAGACAUACGUGUUUAAACCUGAGGAUGACUUCUUGGAACAUUUACUGAAGCUGUGGACGAUCUGCCUUGCGACUGAAGCUAAAGAUGAAACCAAUGUGGUUGCUGCAGAAUUGCACCACACUCAAGGAAAGCCAAUCACGAUUGCUUCUCUGCGGCCAUCUGUCUUACCUAUGAUCAAUGUAAAUGGUUUGGAGUUUAGUACCCCGGUCACCUUCACCUUAAAAUCUGGUUCUGGUCCUGUUUACAUCUCAGGAAUCCAUAUUUCACUAGUAGAUGAUGUAGAAGACGUGACUCCAGAAAAUCUAUUUUGAAGGUGAUUUAUGUGUUGCUUUCAUCAAAGAAUGCUGUACCCUUCGCUAAGUUUAUCCCUGGGAGAAAUAACAAAUCCAGAGACCCUAAAACUAUCAGUGGACUGUAUUUCUGUCUAUCACAAAGCCUAAAAACUGUUUAUCUGCUGCGAGCCAGAUGACUUCUCUGAAAAUGAACUGGUUGUUUCAUCUAUAUUGCCUAUGACUGAAAUACUAAUAUAAUAAACAUUGUCUAUAAUCUUCUUUUUCUGGUCUGCAUUGCUACUGGGCUCAUGUAAUGGCUAUUGUACUUGUUGUUCUUAUUGACUGGUUUACGCUUACCUACUUCUAGUCCCUUCAUGCUGAUAUUUUCAUACAAUUAAAUGUUGAUUGAAUAAAAAAAAACCUUAAUUCUGUAAA